AUGGCAGCACCCAGCAGUGUCUCGGCUGUUUUUCAGGAGUACCUGCAGCACCUGGGGCUGCAGGACUUCCCCUGUGGCCUCGGCAACUGGAACAAAUCCCGCUGCAAUGCCCGCAGGAGCUCCUGGGCACAGCCAGCGGGGCUGGAGGAGGCCGUGCCACCAGGAGAGGACACCCCUGAGGUGCUGCUGGAGCUGCUGAGAGACCAGCACAGCCCCUGGGCACUGCCCCCCGACUGCAGCCCCCAGGCCCAGCGCCUGAGGGAGGUGAUUGUGCUGGCCCCCGAGCUCCUCCAUGGCUCCAGUGUCUCCCAGCUUGUCAAGUCCCUGCGGAUACUGGACAAGGGGGUGGAGGAGGUGGAUGAGGGUCUGCUGCAGUUCCAGCAGCUGGAGGAGCUCAUCCUCAGUGCCAACCACAUCAGCAGGGUAACCUCAGCCCACCUGCCCCGGACUCUGAAGGUGCUGGAGCUCUGCUACAAUGAUGUGGAUGAUCUGCAGGACCUGUGUGCUCAGCCACCCCCAGAGCUCCAGCACUUGGGGCUGGGCUACAACCAGCUGUGUGGCCCUUCCCAGGAAAAGCACCUCACUGUGGAUUUCUGGCCAAACCUUGUCUCCCUUGACCUGAGCUUUAACAGCCUCACAGACCUGCUGGGGCUGGUGUCCCAGCUGUCCACCCUGCAGAAUCUCCGCAUCCUGCUGCUCCAGGGGAACCCACUGUCCCUCAUCCCUGCCUACAGAGGCUUCCUUGUGGACAGCCUGCCCAAGCUGUCCAUCCUCGAUGACAUCUACAUAUGGCCUGAAGAGAGGCAGCAGUUCCACAGGCUGGCAGAGCGGCCAGAGCUGAUCACGAGUGAAGCACAACUGGUUGUGACCAUUGGGGAGAUGAAGGGACUCCCUUAUCCCGAAGAUUUUCAGCUGGAGCCUGACUGCGAGGGUCCAGUGUUUGCCUACAGCUACUGGGUGACCUACCAGUUUGCAGAGGGAGAGGAGCUCAAGGAUGGGGGCAGCCCUGAGGGCACAGAAAUCCACCAGAGUCCCACAGUGGCCACCCUGGAUGUGGACAGCUCUGCUCAGGACACAGGAGAAACACAGAGCCAUCAGGAGCCUGCAGCCACAGAGGAGCCUGAGGCCCACUCUGCAAAGGUUUUUGCCACCCCUGCACAGCCCUGGGCGGACACCAUCGACUGGAGCUACAGGAAGCAACACAUUGCCAAGGACUUGGUUGGGCUGAAGUCCUACCUGGAGGCUGGAACCAUUGUCUCAGUCAUGGAGGAGAAGGUGGUCUCCUGGCCGGUGGAUCCAGAUGAAAACUCUGCCACAAAGGAAGGACAGGAGCUGAAGAAGAACAGUGCAAAGGACAAGCAGAAAAAGAAGAAGAAGAAGAAGUCAUGUGAAUACCGCAGUGACCCUCCCAUUCGGAGCACCCUGGCCACCAUGAGGGUGACCUUGGAGACCCUGCUGACCAAUGAGAACCUGGUGGCAACUGUGUGUGACUUUGGGAUCCUGAUCCCUGAGAAACCACCAGAACCACCAGUUGUGGACGAGAAGGAGACAAAAAAAGGCAAAGACAAGAGCAAAAAACCCAAAGGAGACCAGAAAAACGCGGCUUCCAAAGGAAAAGGAAAAAACAAAGACACUGCUGAACUGGAGGAGGAUCAAGAGCCCCAGCCAGUGCCACUGACAGUUCAAUUCCAGAUGCAGCUCCUUCGAUGGUCCUCGGCAGCCAGCACCAAGAGGCAGGGGAGCGUGGCCAUGUCAGAGGGGAGGACUCCGUAAUGUGUCCAUAGCAGGAGCAUGAGUGGAAAUAAACCACAGGGAACGCUGUGCAGAGCCUGGUUUAGCUGAGCCUCCACAGCUGGGAGCUGCCCCGGGGCUCCUGGCGGUCUGUGGCUGGUGCUGAGCUUCUGCUGGAGCC